GAUGGGCCAACAGUAGAUAUUCAGACUGUGGUUGGAGCGGCUAGGUGGUGGUGGCUUCGUCAUAUCUGCGUUUUCAGCGAAAUCUGCUACAUCCACUCCGCAUAUAAACACAGUAGAUUUUAUUUAGCAAACGGAGGAACUCUGAGAGCCAUCAGAGUCAAAACCAGCGCUACUGUCGCACAUUUGGGAAGGUUCAACAACGGCUGUGUGUGCGACGCUUGAGGGACUGCAGGAACCAACUGCAUAUUUCCUCCAGAAACUUCAUCUGCUUGCGCCAAUGAAGCUAAUUACCUAAAUGCCUUUAAGCUCAGUUUUUAAAAGUGGGUGGUUUUAUUUCCCCCCCCUAUAACGUAUAGGUAUGAAACUGACAUUUUUAUGCGCACAGUAAAUGUGUAAUUACCCAACACUUGCAAACAUGGCUGCUCUAGGAACGGCGGAAAGAAAAGUUUAACACUGACGUGGAAGAAGUUUAGAGCAUUCAUGAGCUGCUGUUUGAUCUGUAGAAUGGUAGGCUCUCGUCCCUAGUUUGGUACCGCCGUCUCUGGACCUCCACACCGGCGAAGGGACAGUGUCUGAGCCUCCGCCUCCUCCUCAAUAGGCUCCACAAAGUCACCGCAGUGGACUUUGUUGGGAAACUGUGGCGCCUUGCUGGCCAUCCCAGGCUCCGGUGGAAGCUUAUAAGGACUUAUCUACUGGCUGCAGCUGUGUUUGGAGAUAAAAAUGCAUUUUUCCAUACCUGAGACGGAGGUUCGCUCGGGGGAGAAUGGUUCAACCUUUGUGGCCUACAACAUCCACGUCAACGGGGUGCUACACUGUCGGGUACGCUACAGCCAGCUUCUUGGCCUCCACGAACAGAUAAAGAAGGAAUAUGGCAGCAAUGUGGUACCCACCUUUCCACCAAAGAAGAUCUUCACACUGACCCCUGCUGAGGUUGAACAGAGGCGGGAGCAGCUAGAGAAAUACAUGCAGGCUGUUCGACAACAUCCUUUGCUUGGAGCCAGUGAGCUUUUUAACAGCUUCUUAAGGAACGCACAGCAGGAGACGCAGCAGAUUCCCACAGAAGAGGUGGCCCUAGACAUCUGCCUGUCUAAUGGUCAGAAGGUUACGGUCAACAUUUUGACUUCAGAUCAGACAGAGGAAGUUCUUGAUGCUGCUGCAACAAAGCUCGACCUCCCAGACGACCUCGCCGGAUAUUUCAGUCUCUUCUUAGUCCGGGAAGGGGUGGAUGAAAAUCUAACAUUUGUCCGGAAGCUCCAGGACUUUGAGCUGCCUUACAUAUCGAUUACCAGCCUGCAAAGCUCUGAUUAUCACAUAGUCUUACGGAAAAGUUACUGGGACAUGGCGUAUGAUGGUGAUGUCAUGGACAACAGAGUUGGCCUGAAUUUGCUGUACGCCCAGACAGUGUCUGACAUUGAGCGAGGCUGGAUUCUCGUCAACAAAGACCAGCACAGGCAGCUAAAAUCACUGCAGGAGAAAGGCUCCAAGAAAGAAUUCAUCCAUCUAGGCCAGACCCUGAAAUAUUACGGCUACUUAAAGUUUGAUCCAUGCAUCACGGACUUCCCCGAGAAGGGCUGCCAAGUGAUUGUCAGCGCUGGCAACAACGAGCUGAAUUUCCACGUUAAGCUGCCUAAUGAGCAGAUGAAGGAGGGAAGCUUUAAGGUCACGCGUAUGAGGUGCUGGCGAGUCACGUCGUCUCAAGUCCCUGUAUCAAAUGGUACAAGUAAUCCCUGCAACUCGGCAAAAUGCGAGGUCAAGCUGGAGCUCGCCUUCGAGUAUCUAAUGAGCAAGGAUCGCCUCCAGUGGGUCACCAUCACCAGCCAGCAGGCCAUCAUGAUGAGCACUUGCCUUCAGUCUAUGGUGGAUGAGCUAAUGGUAAAGAAGUCGGGUGGCAGUAUAAAGAAGAUGCUGAGAAAGCGACACAAUGGCUCGGUCCACCGAUCUGACAGUCAGCAAGCUGUGAAAUCACCCCCUCUACUUGACUCCCCUGAUCCAAACCGUGAACAAAUUGUCAAGCUCUCAACUAAGCUGAACUCGGUGUCUCUCAGAGGGAUCAGCGCUUCCAACUCUGCAAAUGAUAUCAGCGGUGACGACUUUCAUGGCAAUUAUGCUUUCGAAGGAAUUGGGGAUGAUGACCUGUAACGCAUAAUUCGCCUUCUUACCAUUCUUCACUUCACCGUUAACAACUAAAGCAACAAAGAUUACGAGCUGAACUGAGCCGAGCAAUCCAGACAAGGCGUCCAAGUCUGCAAGAUUGUAGCUUCUUCCUAAAGAACUUGCUGCCUUAAAGCUGCCAUUUACCCUUUCUCCGUUCUUCGCUCUUACGACUCUAAAGGUUCAUCUUAAGUUGUCUUGGUUACAGUCAUUCCAUUAGGACUUUUUAACUGUUAUUGAUCUACAUGAAGAAAACCUUUUAAGUGGCGGCAUGUUCAUCUCCAAUCACAGGGCCAAAUGUUUGUGUGUGUAAUGUGCAGACCUGCCACUAGUGAAUAUAUACCAGAACUGGGCAGAAUAGUGCUCGCAGUGAUCCAGUAAAUUCCAGCGAAUUUGUUAAAGUAUAUCUCACAACUGCAGAAAAUUCAGAGCAACUGAUUCGCCAUACAGAUCAGUGUUUGGCUUUCCGAACCAUGCUUCUAAAAUGUCUCCUGCUACUCAUGUGCCAAGUUAGCAAAAAUAAAUUAGUCUUGUUAGAAGAGGUGUCAAUUCUACUGCCUUCAGAAGUAGUCCGAUGCCUUAAUUUAUCGCGCUAUUCAUCACGGGUUAUGAGUAGACAUGUCUAACAACUAGAAUCUUGCAGAUCUUGAUGAAAGGUUGAUAUUAUUUUUUAUUUGGUGGUGGAGCUGCUUGCACUUGCCGAACCGAUCAUUUUGCACAGUAUUACAAGUAGAGGUAAGCUGGAUUUUUGAGCUGAAGCUCAAGCCCGACUUUAAACAAUAAGAUAUGGAAAUCCAUUUCAUUUUGUUUUUAGCUGGGGCUUUUUUAAGGUUUCUCAUUAAUGCCAAAUUAUAGUUUACUAAAGCAUUUUGCACAAAAAUAAAAACAAAAUUAUGAUAAUGUCACUUUUUAUAUUCCGUACAUGCAAGAAAACAUUUUGAACAUUUACUAUUAUCUGCAUCAUCUUUGCUUGUUGUAAUCAAAUUGCUUAAAUAUAAUCUAAGCUGAAUGAAACAAAGUCUACAUGGACCAAUAUUUGUCAUGUUUACAUGAUGCUUAGGGGACGUCUUAGUUUAAAUCGAAAGUGUUUACACAUUUCUCAUAAUUUCUCUGUCUUGUUCUGUUUGGACGUGAUCCUGAGGGGAAUGGUCUUUGAAUUAUUGUGAUUUGUUGGUUGUUUUAAUCAUGUUGAAGGUUGUAAUUGAAGAAAUGGUGCUUCGAAGUGGCUAAUUUAAUCACAGUUGCUGUAGCGAACAAAAUUUUUGCAGAGUUAAGCUGAACAUAUCCCACAGUUUUAGAAAAUGCAUAAGAGUUAUGAGGUCACUAAAUGUAAAUCAGAGCCAGCCAAUCAACAGCUUUAUUCUUACAGGUAACUGAAAUUACAAAUUAAAUGUGCUCAAUGUAAAUGUUUUAUCCUUUCACUACUGUGAUUCUUUUUAUUUCAUCUGCUUUGUAUAGAAAGGUCAAUAACACAGGUCAUUUUUAAUUUUCUCCUUUUCCUGUCAGCACAGAGUUCACGGCGCUGCAAGAUCCUGGGUGUUAGUAAAUGUGCACGUGCCAAAUCUCACUUUAAAGUAUUUUGGGGGGUUUUGUCAGCAUCAAUUUCAACUUAAAUGUCAAAUUUCAUGAACAUUAAUCAAAUCUCCAGAUGCUCAAAUAAACUCAAAAAAUUCA